CUGUGGGAGCCCACCCUGGAAGCGCGAGUGGAGCAGGAAGAGACGGCGCUGGAACCCAUGGACACGUCGUUCCCCCGCGAGGAGCCCCGGCCUCCCACGCCCCGCAAGGCCGACGGCGCUGCCCCCACGGCCCUCGCGUUGGGGGCACCACGACCCCCGCCUCGCGACCACUUGGUCUGGUCCGUCUUCAGCACCCUGUACCUGAACCUGUGCUGCCUGGGCUUGCUGGCGCUGGCCUACUCUGUCAAGGCCCGAGACCAGAAGGUGGCUGGGGACCUGGAGGCGGCCCGGCGUUUUGGCUCCAAAGCCAAGUGCUACAACAUCCUGGCCGCUAUGUGGACGCUGGUGCCCCCGCUGCUGCUCCUGGGGCUGGUGGUGACCGGCGCCCUGCACCUGGCCCGGCUGGCCAAGGACUCUGCAGCCUUCUUCAGCACCAAGUUUGACGACGGGGACUAUGACUGACAGGCUGGGUCCUGACCCUGUCCUGACCUGGGCCCGACCCCAGACACUGACCCAGGGUGCUGGCCCU